GGAAAACAAUCCAACGAACGGCCGGUUGAAUAUAGAGGGUUCCCACGUUCUGCGCAUCGAGGAACUCGACCAACAAUUGAACCACAGACAGAUCGCAACGUGCGAUGGGCGCCCGCGGAUUGCGUUCCACAGACGAGUCGCAAUGUGCUUGAUGUGGAUGAUGGCGUAGAAGAAGCGAGGCGGUGGUACGACUUUCCCGCCGACAAAGCCGAGCGUGUUCAACAUGUACAGCGUCCCGACAUGGUGAAAGAGAUGGUCCAAAUCGAUCAAAACCUGGGCCAGAAUACGGAGCGGUACGAUGACAUUGAGCGGGUUGUCGAGGAAGAAGCGUUCCAGCUGGGGCUUGGAAUGGGUCAAGCCUUCGCGCAGACGGAUCGCGAGGUGAAGAGUCUAGGGGAGAGGAUGGAGGCAUGCAGUUUGAGAGGAAAAGAGGAGGUGCAGGUGCAGGGUAAGCACACUAUAACGGCAGUGCGGGCAGUGGGCAAGGACCUCCAGGCGCAAGGAGCAACUACGAUGGCAGCAGUGCGAACUAUACGCGGACAAGUCAGCGGCUUCGCCACUGACAUGAACACCUUACUCCGCGAUGUCAGGGGCGAUGUACAAGAAGGAGUCCUCGCAGCAAACCAGGGCUUCAUGACUGGUCUCUCAGACGUCUCGGCCACGAUGACCACACACUCCAACGCCCUUCGUCAGGAUGUCCAGCACCUCGCCGCAUCAUCACAAAAUCUGCGCGUGGACGUGAACCACAUGGGCACUCGGUCUGACGAGCGACUCACGCAGCUCGAAGCCGAAUUUCGCGCUUUGACGCAGAGUUUCCAGGGCGCGAGGCAGGAUGUGCGAGAGGGGUUCCGGCAGCAGGACGCUAACACGACAAGAGGGUUUGCGAACGCUGAGGCAAGUGCUGUGUCCAGACAUGAUGAGGUUGUGAGGGUGCUUGAGCGUGUUGCAGCCGCUGUAGAGAACCGGCCGCCGGUGCCGAAUCAGACGAGCGGUAUUCUGGGCACCGAGCCAGCGGCUGACAAUGCAGAUGUCAAGCGGAUGAUGCGGCAGAUGAGCACGUCAAUGGAUGCGCAGAAGAAGCAGUCUUCGGCCUACCUACGUCGGCUAGACAAGGCACUUACAGCUGUGGUCGGGUGCGUUGGGAAAAUUGACAGGACUACCAAAGCUCAGAUGGUGCAAAUGGAAUCCCUCAAUCGUGGCCGAGCGGAUGGGAGUGGACGGCUGGAUGAGCUUGGAAUGGCGCAAAAUACAACGUCCAAGAAGAUGGAAGGAACAUGCGCCGAGAUUCUCGCCCUGCUACAAGCACACAUUACUCUUGAUAACAGUCAGUCCGAUGUAAGUACCCAGCUGCUUGAGCUCGGCCUAGGACAGAACGUAGCAUCUAAGAGGAUCGGUGAGGUGUGUGAGGAGAUGCUACGCUUAGUACAAGACCACUACAACAGUCGGCCUGAUGUAGGUGGAAGGAUGGUUGAUCUCGGAGCGGCAGACACCAUGGCAUCUGCGGAGAUAGGCGAGGUGUGUGGAGAGAUACUGCGCUUGAUGCGAGAACACAACACCCGCAACGACAGUCCACCGGAUGUGAGUGAACAUCUGCCCGAGCUCGGAGCGGCAAACACCACGGCAUCUGCGGAGAUGGGCCGGAUGUGCGCAGAGAUAUUGCGCUUGCUACAACAGCGCCACGAUGUUAACGAAACGCACCACCUAUCCUCCAUUAGCACCCAGCAAAACCUUGUGCAAGAUCUCGAAGCUCAGCUCGCCGCCACCAACCAGAAACUUGACGACGCCAUCGCCGCUCAAAACCUCAUCACGUCCUCCCACGAUGAGGCAUCAUCAGCGUACCACAGCGCCCAAGCAAUCGUCACAAGCCAGACCUCGAUUAUCGCCACCAAGAACGAAGAAAUCGCCGUACUGCAGGAAACCCAGCGUGCUCUGCAUGCCGCACGCGCGGAGCAAGUCGAGAUCCUGCAGAACAAAGUCACUUCCUUGCACAACGAACUCACCGGCAUUAAAACUGACACGUCAGUAGUACUGACCUUCCAGCGCCACAUCACGGACCCAGAGGCGUCAGAACCCCCGAGAGUGACGAACGUCGGCCUCGCCCUCCUCCUUGAUAGCAUCGUCGAGACGACAGCCCACUUCACUACGAAAAACGCAUGCCUCGAAGAGCGAGUCGACAAACUAACGUCCACGCAAAACGAGCUGAUCGCGAAAGAAGAUAAACACCAACGAUUUCUACACUACGUUGAGUCGAGCGUGGACCGCAUGAAUAAGGGGCAUUUGGAGAUGGAUUCGGUUCCGAGAUGGGAAGAGAAGGAUAAGAGGCAGGAGCUGGACGACUUCGUCGACUCACUUUAUAAGGAGCAGAUGAUCAAAGCAAUGGGGGAAAACGUAGGUGGGAAGGUAGGAGAUGGGGGAUUGUAGGAAGCGUUCUAGACGCUGGGCGUCAAGGAAAAGGAAGAAAAAAAGUGGAAGUAACCGCAGGAGUAAACUUCUGUAAAGGCAUAUGAUAUAGGCGUUUAUAUGGAGUUGUAGGUGUAUAUUUGAUCGGUUAUCUUUAUGGGUUUGGGUGCGCACAUGGAGUUGAGGAUGACGCAAGUAUGCCGUGCA